AUGGCGUCCACAUACCCCGGUGGAAUCUUUGACGGCUUAGCCAAAUUCUACGUAUCUGUGGCGAUUGUGUGGACAGCCGCUCUGCUCGUCGGCGCCAGCUUCCUCGUCAUCAACCGCCAUGAGCAAUGCGUUCGCAUUCGCAACCUGCCCCUCGCAUUGUGCGCGGUCGCCUGUCUGCAUGUCUACUGGAUCCUGUGCAUGUCGGCAUAUUCCAUGGGCAGCGCGUAUCCCUGCUCUGUGGAGUACUGGAUCAUGAGCAUCUACCUGCCUCUUGGGAUCGCACUGUUUCAAGCGAAUAGCAUGCAGCUCCUCAGUGUCUUCGGCAUUCAAGAGAAGCUACUCUAUACCGCACAUCAGCCGCACAGAGCUCAAUUUAGCGCUCGUCCGAGAUCCCCUCGCCGAUACCUGUUUCAGUGGAGGGAAAUGAAUCUGGUCCAACGAACGGAAUUGGGUAUCGCAGUGGGAAUGGUCGUUCAGGUCCGUAUACUCAACUCUGCCGUCGACGGUCGUGCACUCACUGAUCCCCAAAACCAGCUGUGUCUAUCCCUGGCGGUCUACCUUAGCUCUCGAAAAUUUAAUACGUUCGGCACCUUUUCCCACCCCGGGAGCCCCGAAGAGAUUCCUUCGAUUCUGUGGCAAUUGUUCUGGUCGUGGAUUUUUGCGCCAUACAUUCUGUGGAAGAUCCGCCAUAUUCAAGACAUCCACCACUGGCGGCGUCAGAUCACUUGCUGCGUCAUCGCCGCCCUCCCCGGUUCGCCGAUGUGGUUCGUCGCGCUCCAUUCGCCCACCGAUCCUUGGGAUGCAAUCAACCGAUACUGGGUUCCAUCCCUCUGGUUCGCGCCCGGCAUCUUGGCGAUGGAGGCCGUCACCAUCUUCUUCCCCUGCUAUGAACUGGUCGUCGCGAGACGACAGAGGCACCGGAUCCUCGAGGCCAUGGAGGCCUGGAAUGAGAAGCAGAAAGGCGACACAGACGAAUCGCGUUCCGGGACCUCACGCUCGCACAGUGACACCAGCCGGAUGCACGAGUUGUAUUGCUUGAAGGCCUUGGAGAAUUACUUGGCGGACGACUCGAGCGCACUGCUUCAAUUUGCGGCGGCUAAGGAGUUCAGCGGUGAGAAUAUCAUCUUUUUGAAUUACGUGCGCGACUGGAAAGCGGCCUGGGCGAGUCUCCAGGCAUCUAAGCCUGAAUACGACUGGAAUAGGGAUCCUCAGUACCACAGACUGGAUUUCUUCAAGAUCGCCGUCGAGAUCUACACGACCUGCGUCGAUUUAAAGACGGCGGAAUUUCCCAUCAACAUCGAAUCCCGGGUCUACACUGAUCUCAUGGAUCUGUUUGGGGACGCGGUGGAGUUGAUGGGUCAAUGUGUGUCCAAGGACGCUGGGACCCGCAUGGAUGAGGACACCCGCGCUCUGUGUCUCGACGAACAUGUCUACGAAGGUCAGGGCAUCAUGCAUGUUAAGCCACGUCUGCCGGACUCCAUCGUAGUACCGGACGGGUUCAAUAUCUGCGCGUUUGACGAGGCCCAGAAGUCGAUCAUUAGCCUGGUGUUUACGAAUACGUGGCCCAAAUUCAUUGAUUCUUCGAAUGACAUGUCAAUUAAGAUUUGA